AUGGACAUUUCAGAACUUUGUCUUCCAGACCCUCUCAGCUAUCAUAACCAGGCUUUGUUGUCCAAUUCAUUAGAGAGAUUCCUGAGUCCACUGGCCACGCUGGAGCCCUCUCAUUUCUGGCUGCUGAAUAGAAUGGCCGCUGAUGACCGGCACCUACCCUCAAGUUGUGGGUCCUACAUCAAGACGGAGCCAUCCAGUCCCUCCUCGGUCAUCGACACGGUCAGCCACCACAGCCCCAGCGGCAACUCAGACGCCAGUGGUGGCUAUGUCAGCACUAUGAACAGCCACUCCAACGGCCUGGACUCUCCACCUAUGUUCACCCCCAGCGGGCUCGGGGCCGGCACCUGCCGCAAGCGCUACGAUGACUGCUCCAGCACCAUCAUGGAGGACUCGUCCAUAAAGUGCGAAUACAUGUUGAACUCCCUCCCCAAGAGGCUGUGCCUGGUCUGUGGAGAUAUAGCCUCGGGGUAUCACUAUGGGGUGGCCUCUUGUGAGGCCUGCAAAGCCUUUUUUAAAAGGACAAUACAAGGUAACAUAGAAUACAGCUGUCCUGCCACAAAUGAGUGUGAGAUCACAAAGCGGAGGCGCAAAUCAUGUCAGGCGUGUCGCUUCAUGAAAUGCCUCAAAGUGGGGAUGCUCAAAGAAGGGGUGCGUCUGGACCGCGUGCGAGGGGGCAGACAGAAAUACAAGCGGAGGUUGGACACGGAAAACAACCCGUACCUUGGCUUGACACUCCCCCCUCCCACUAAAAAGCCUCGUGAGUACUGCUCCGUCACUAGCCCAUUGUCUCCCUCCUCUUCUGCUCUUCCACUGCAAGGCCAACAUGCUGUCACAAAGAUAGUGUCUCACCUGUUGGUGGCAGAGCCAGAGAAGAUCUAUGCCAUGCCUGACCCCACCAUGCCGGAGAGUGACAUCAAGGCUCUGACCACGCUGUGCGACUUGGCUGACCGUGAGCUUGUGGUCAUCAUCGGCUGGGCCAAGCACAUCCCAGGCUUUUCCUCCCUCUCUCUUGGAGAUCAGAUGAGUUUACUGCAGAGCGCCUGGAUGGAGAUCCUCAUCCUCAGCAUUGUGUUCCGCUCGCUGCCGUACGAGGACGAGCUGGUGUACGCCGAGGACUACAUAAUGGACGAAGAGCACUCGCGGCUGACGGGCCUGCUCGACCUCUAUGUCUCCAUCCUGCAGCUGGUCCGCAAAUAUAAGAAGCUCAAAGUGGAGAAGGAAGAGUUUGUCACCCUCAAGGCCAUCGCUCUCGCUAACUCAGACUCCAUGCACAUAGAGGACAUGGAGGCGGUCCAGAAGCUGCAGGACGCUCUCCACGAGGCCCUGCAGGACUAUGAGAGCAGCCAGCACCAGGAGGACCCUCGGCGGGCGGGCAAGCUGCUCAUGACCCUGCCUCUACUGCGGCAGACGGCCACCAAGGCUGUUCAGCACUUUUACAGCAUCAAGGUGCAGGGAAAGGUGCCCAUGCACAAACUCUUCCUGGAGAUGCUGGAGGCCAAGGUCUGA